GGAGCUGCGUGUCGCCGUGGAAGCGGAGCCGCAGACCUGCCUCCGGCUCGGCUGCGCCGCGCGCAGUCCGCACAGGGGACGGGUUCGCUCGCACGGAGGCGUCGGUAGUUCAGCGCGUCGACGACGCGGACGCGAAACGCAUCGUGCUGGACGCAACUUUACGCGGGGACUCCACGCACAAGGCGAGGCUCCCCCUGAGCCGCGUAUCCACCGGCUGGAUUCGAAACCAGUUGGACUCGUCCGAACUCCACUUGUUGAUGAGGCACUAACGGACCGUCCCGUCACAUCGCCCGACACUCGUAUGCGCAAUUUGGAUCAACCCCCCCCCCGUGCGACGGACGGCGGCGCGAGGGAAGUUUGAAGCCAUGACGCUUUGAGGCAGACGGCGCAGGUGAUGUUUGUGGAGCGGUAGCGGCUCUGCGCGUCCGAUCGUGUUACGCAGCGUCAUGGGGAACCAGGUGGACAAGCUGUCACAUUUAAGUUACGCGGAAGUUCCCACCGUGGACCCGAACGGCGUGGACGCGGAGGACGGCCCGCGGAUCGGCGUCUCCUAUAUAUUCUCCAACGACGACGACGAGAUGGACGACGGCUGUGCGGUGGAAGUCACGGAUAAAGACCCGAACCAGGAAGAGAAGCAGCACGAGCCGCGCGACGAGGUGGAGUGCGCCGUGUUCUACCGGGACGAGUGCAUCUACGAGAAGAGCGUCAAGUCCGCCAGCCUGGACGUGUUCUCCCCGGAAAACCUGCUCAACAAAUGCAAAGCGGGCGAUCUGGUGGAGUUCGUGGCCACGGGCCAGUACCCGCACUGGGCCGUGUACGUGGGCGACUUCCAGGUGGUGCACCUGCACCGGGCCGAGGUGAAGAACAGCUUCCUGACGGACGCGAGCCAGGGGCGGCGGUGCCGGGUCGUGAACGACCGGUACCGAUUCAAGGCGCUCGGCGCGGACGUGGUGGUGCAGAACGCGAUGGAGCAGGUGGGCCUGAAGGACCGGGAGCUGAGCUGGAGGAACUCCGAGUGCUUCGCCGCCUGGUGCCGGUUCGGCAGGCGCGAGUUCAAGGUGGGCGGGGAGAUUCGGAUAGGCAAGCAGCCGUACCGGCUCAAGCUCCUCGUGUCGGACAAGCACGCGCACGUGCUGGAGUUCCAGAGCUUGGAGGAUAUGAUCGCGGAGAAGCGGCGCAACGACCACCUGGGCCGGACGGCCGUGCUGCGGGAGCUGGCCACGCACGUGAGCGGCGCGGGGGAGACGCGCGGGCACGCGGGCGCGGACUGACGCCUGCCCCUUUUCACGCUCUUCGACUGUCAUCGUUCUGUAGCAGAGCGUUUCUACUCAUCCCGUGUCCUGUUACUUAAUCCUCCCAUGGUUCAACUUCAACUCCACCGCAGACGACAUGGUGCCAGAGCUGCUGCUGAAAGCUGCAAGUUCUCUCUCUCUGCCUUCAAGGGUAAUUCUUCAGUUCUGGGGCUGGUGUGUGCUGCCCCGGUCGAAGUCUGUGUUAACUGUACCCAAGUUUCAAGUAAACCACCAUUCAUCGCC